AUGAGCGAAAUGUCCUCAAGCUCGACCCCGUCGAAAGAGGAUGCUGGAUCUGGAUGUCGUAUUGCAGAAAUUGUUCAAUAUACCUGCGGCCUCGAGACAAACGGCCAAGGAAAGCCACAACUUCACUGUUUCCCAAUACCUCGGCUAUUUCGAAUGUGUCGUGGGCAGCCUUCCGUGGAGAUUACCACAUUGAUUAAGAUUGACAUGGACUCUGGUGAAGUGGAGAUACCGCCUGAAUCAAGUCAGCUUUCCAUUCGUGGGCAAACUUGGAGAGACAUCACUCGAUAUGUCAAAGAAUAUACGGACCCAUCUGGCUGA